AUGUGGACCUCUAUGUUGUGUAUUCUGCUGAUUUCCUUCUGUAUUUGUGAACACAGGUUUUCUGUCCUGACAGGGAGAGGAAUCCAUGUAGUGCGAAUAAACAGGCUUACAACUGAAAAGCAGUGCAGGCAGGCUUGUCAAAGCCCAGGUGCUUCAGGUUACCAUCACUGUAAUUGGUCUGUGCCCUACCAGGAUCGCUGCAUCCUCCUGCAGUGUCGCCAGCUGAGUGUGUGCCAGAAUGCUGGAGAACAAGACGUCAAAGACCUGCUUGGAGAAAUUGUCAGUGGGAAAAGGGAAACAGUCCUGUUUCACCACCAAAGCCAUCCACAGAAAAAGGAGAGGAUGGUGAAUGCACGGGUUGACCGACACAAUGUGGAAAACCUGUUUUCCUUAACUGCUCGGACUCGCAAAUUGCUUGAGGUUGAGAGUGAAGCUUAUGAAGCAACUGCCAAAGUCUCAAAUACCGCUGGAGGUUCUGGUCUCCCUGUUGAAGCUGUGUCACCCACUGCCUCUUCUCCCACCUCUGGUAACAUCCUUGCUUCCACUUCCAGCCACGUCACCGAGCUUGUGACCACCACUGAAAAACUGGGAAAUAGUAGCUCUGUCUCAAUAUUGUCCCCCACUUCUACUUCUGCUCCCGUCACUGUCAUUUCUGAAGCAGGUACUCAGAUGUCUCAAACAGAGCAGUUUAACCCAGCCACCACCAGCACUCCCCACUCUAGUAGCCCCACCACUGGUGGAGCUGGCCCAAAGAGUCUGAGCACAACAUUGACCACCCUCAUCCCGCAGGAUGCAGGAACAUCUUCCACUGCUUCCACUCGUGCCAUGUCACUCACCCCCUUGGAGAAUUCACGCUCUACGAACCCACUGUCUGUUGUUACAUUGCUAUAUCUAGAGACAGAAGCAAGUACAGCCACAACAUCUUUGAGUAAAUCACCUUCUCUUCUGGGCUCUACAAGAAGUGCCAUGGAUUUAACUACUGCCUCUACGGCAGAAACUACGACUGGGCGUGGGAUAAAGUCAACAUCUCACAUUUUUUCAACAACCACAGCUCCAGCAGAUACACCCAAAACAACAGCUUCAGGCCUUGCAGAAACUCGGGAUAUGGACAAUGAGUAUCUUCUCAUAGCUGCUGAGCCCCUGACUCAGUACUUAGUAGAUAAAAGCUUGCUCCUUGCAGUCCUUUUAGUUGGUAUGUUUUUUUUCAUAACUGUCAUAGUUCUUUUCCUUAUGCAGGCAUACGAGAGCUACAAGAAGAAGGAUUAUACACAAGUGGAUUACCUGAUCAAUGGAAUGUAUGUGGACUCAGAGAUGUGA